AUGUCAAACAGGCAAGAACGGAGUAGUGUUGAUAAAAAUAUUAAAAGACGACAUAGUUUACCUGAAGAAAUAAUUUCAGUGAAAGAUCGGAGAAUUCUUUUAAUUCCACCAGGUAAAAGAACCAGAGAUGAGAUUAUGUAUAUACAAUCUUUUAUGAAGAAAAUAGGUGCAUUUAAAAAAUACAGUAAAGAUAUUCAAGAGUCUUUAGCUGGAGCCAUUAUUUAUCAAUUUGUUCCUGCAGGAAGAACUAUUAUUCGACAAGAUCAUAAACCAUUUGUACAAUAUUAUAUUAUUAAAGGACAGCUUCAAAUGUUAAAAACAGUAUCCGAUGAACACACAGGAGAAAAGAAAGAACUCGAUAUAGGAACAUUAAAAUCUGGAGAUAUGUUUGGUCUAAUAUCUCUCUUACAUAAAGUUCCUCGAACGGCUACUGUAGUGAGCAAAGAUCCAACUGAUUUAUUAUUAGUUACGAAAAGUACAUUUAACGCAUAUUUGAAAAGUAUGCUAAUGGAAGAAUGGGAUGUAUUACGAGAUGCUUUAAUAAAUUUUAAUUAUUUCAAAGGCUGGACUGAAGAAACGAUGCGAGAAUGUUAUAUCGUCAGCAAAGUCCAUACCUUCAAAGAGAAUGAAAUUUUAGUAGGGGAUGGCAAAGGAAUGGUUCAUUAUGUUUAUUUCAUUCUAUCUGGAGAAUGUGAGCUUAUAGAGCAUAUGCUGAUCGAAAGAAAUCAAGUUGGCAAGAAAACAAAAUAUAAGCUUUAUGAUUAUAAACUGGCGGAUAUAAAUCCUCGCCAACGAACCUCAAGAUCUAAGAAGUUCGAAUUUCUUACAGACAAUUUAUCAACGCUUAUACGCGAUACCAAUUCUUCAACUGAAAAUAACGGGAUAAAUAUGGAUCCUGAGAAGUUUAUUGAAUUAAUAUCGUCAAAGAAGGAUAAACCUACUGUUGUAAUGGAUCGUACUAGUGUUAUUACUGUAACGCUACAGGAUGUGAUAAAUGAAUGGCAUAAAAUUACUGAUGUUGUUGAGAUGUUGAGGAUCGAACCAUGCAUAAGAUUUUUAAAUCCAAAAUCUAAAAAUGUAUCGACAGUAUUCAUGCAAAUUUGUUUGUUUAACAGAGGCGCAUGUUUUGGUUUGGGCGAGAACAUGAAAAAUCGUCAUGUGGUUUCGCUGUCACCUAUAACUUGUUUAAUGAUUCCACUUUAUUGGCUUUUAAAACAUAAUCGGGCUAAUAUUUGGACAAGAGUAAAGAAUUUUUUGAACGAUAAAUUACCAAAUAAUAAACAGUUGCUUGAUAUAUAUAUAAAAAAUCGAAUGUGGGCUAAAUAUAGAAGGGAUUAUACCAAUGAAAUUAUUGGUAGAAGUAAAAAAUUGCGAAAUGAUACGAAAACAUAUCACGUACCUUAUUCCAUUAGAAUUCACGAAGAUAUUCUUAGUGAUUAA